AUGGCACCGGCGCGGUCCACGCCGAUCAUCACCACCUGUGUCCUCCUCUCCUUCCUCGCCGCAGCGUUCAUCGCGGCGACACCGGCGGCGGCGGCGGCAUCUGACGAGACGACGUGCGUGCCGUCGCUGCAGCGGCUGCUGUCGUGCCUGGACUUCAUCGAGCACCGGUCGGACGAGAUCCCGACGCCGUGCUGUAUCGAGGUGAGGCGCACGGUGGCGGAGCAACCGUGCUGCCUCAUGCACGUGGUGCGCGGCAACGCCGCCAGGCUGAUCGGCCCCGAGUACGACAACACCCGCGCCAUGGUCAACGUCACCGCCAAGUGCCUCGGCGACGCCUCCAUCCUCAUGUCCAUCACCCGCAACUGCUCAGGCAUGCCGCUCCCGCCGCUGACGCCUGAGUUUACGUUUACUACUGCUGCGCGCGCCGACAAUAAGAGCGCCGACGCGCUGGGCCUCGCCAUCAUCGCGGCGAGGUUUGCCAGGGCGACAACCAGCGCCACGCGGGCCAAGAUCGCCGCGCUGCUGCGCAACGAGACGCUCCGCCAGGGAGUACGCCGCCUCGGGCACGCCGUGUCGGCCGCGCGGUUGUCUGGCGGGAAGAACCUGCAGCACGCGCAGGCGCUGCUCGCGGAGGCCACGGGUACCCCCGCGCGCUGUCAGGCUGCGUCGCGGCCGCACGACAGGACUCGCCGCUGGCUGACGGGGACUUCGGACUAG